AUGUCGAGACUCUCAGAUUUCAAGGUCCUUUCGUUUGAUGUCUAUGGCACUCUCAUUGAUUGGGAGACUGGCAUCGUCGCUAAUCUCCAGCCGCUCCUAGACGCUAGUAAUGCUAGCUUCAGCAAGGAGAAGCUGCUGGAGGUGCUGCAUGAGUGCGAGCGUACGCAACAGGCCCAGACGCCGGAUCUAAAAUACCACGAACUUCUUGCCGUCAUCCACCCGCAGAUCGCUGAGAAGCUCGGUUUGUCGAAGCCGUCCGCUGAACAAAGCAAAGCCUUUGGCGCGUCUGUUAGGAACUGGCCUGCUUUCCCGGACACUGUCGAUGCGCUAAGGACGCUCGGGAAGCACUACAAGCUGGUGGUUCUGUCCAACGUGGACCACGAAUCUUUUGCCGGGACAAACAGCGGCCCUCUUGAAGGCACCAAGUUUGACCUUGUGCUCACGGCACAGGAUAUUGGAAGUUACAAGCCCGAUCUGCGGAACUUUGAGUACAUGAUCAAGGAAGUCGGGCAUAAGUUAGGUGCCUCGAAAGAACAGAUUCUGCAGACUGCGCAAAGCCAGUUCCACGAUCAUCAUCCGGCGAAGAAAAUGGAGUUGAAGACUUGUUGGAUUAUCCGACCAGGGGCUAUUAUGGGAAACAGAGAUGAUGCGACCUACGAUUGGAAAUACGAUACAUUGAGAGAGAUGGCGAACGCUUUGGAGAAAGAGUUGACCGAUGAGCACUGA